AUGCCACCAAUCAAUGUGACAGUAUCUGUAGAAGGUACGACAUCAAACAAAAUGUUUUAUGACAUGGAUUCAAAUAUGACCUUUGAAGCAUUUGGACAUUCGAUAAAAAAACGUUUUGAGGUCGAGAUGAAGCAAAUGAAACUCGAUUUGAACAAUUAUAAUUUAAAAACUGUAGAGGAAAAUCCAGAUGACGAAAUUGACGUUGAUAAGGAGUAUUUUGAGACAGCCAAACCACUCUCAGCCUUUGCAGAAAAGUUAAAGUCAUCGACAUCGCCAAAUAACAGUGUUGAACCAGCUAACCAAAACAAACCGAAAUUGAAAUUUCGACUAGUGUUAAAAGUGAAGACAUUGAACGCACAACAACAAUUUAGCCCUCAACCUUUGAAUGCGACAGGAAUGAUUAUAUCAACAGAACAACCCUAUACGAUUACUCAUGCUCGCGAUAAAUUAUCAUCUGAAGAAAAUACAAAUCCAAAGUCAGCUGGGAGUGAUGAAUUUAGCGAUUGGGAAGAAUGUGACGGAAGUCAAGAGUUGGAAGAUUCAUUGCAACAAUCAAGUAUUAUGAAUAAUGAGAAACUUGUUUUUGUUAAAAAUGUUCGUCCUUAUCAAAAAGAGCAAUACAGAACAGACAUAUUCCCUCUACGGAUAAGUGCUAAGAGACAUUGUCCAAAAGAAACAACAACAAAAGUAGUUCGAAGACCUCGACAAAGACAAAGUCGGACAGUUGGCGCCGCUCAACCAAAACGCAAGUAUCCGACGUUUCUUCAAGGUGAUAAAAAAGCCCAUGUCAGACGUGGUGUUUACCCCAAACUCAGAAUUCCACAACAUUAUAAAAAUCAAAUUCAAAAUGGUAAAGAAAUUAUACUAUAUGUGGCUGCUACAGUUGCGGAUGGGAGCUGUAAACGUUAUAUUCAUCCAUCAAAAGGGUUUUUGACUCAUCGAACAAAUCCUAAUAGUCCACUUGAAAAUCCAGCAAAAAUUAUUUUAGUAAAAGAAAUAUUAGAUAAUGGACAGCAGUCUACAGUUUCAUUAACGCAACAAACAACCACACCCAUACUUACACAUUAUAGAUUGGCUUGUCUUCUCAGUGAUGGUGAAAAUGAAGACUGGAACACGUUAUGUGAAUCAGAAGAAAUGUCAAAAAUGGUAUUCGACAAGAAAAAUGUGGUCAACCUGAAUAAUAAUGCUUCACCGUUCGUUGUUUUGGCUGCAGGCGCAGUAAUUGAACCUGCAUCCAACACAGAACGUUCUCAGGGUCAAAUGAAUGAUGUGGAUGAAACAGAAGCGUGGGAUAUGUCCGGCUGUCAAGAACAGUCAAAUUCUGAUCUGUCUUACAACUCCAUUUCUGAACAGCCCAUUGAUGAUGCAGAGGCUUGA